ACUUCUUCCCAAUCACGUCCGUCCAUUCUCAUCCAACGGCCAUGAUUUCCUGAAAUGUUCCUGAUAGGGACCCACGUGGUUUUAUUCGAACUUGCUCUCAAAUGCAUGGUUCCAUAGGGACUGUGGAUGAUAUAUAUCCAGAGUGAGGUCAAAUCGGUCAUUUCACUUCCUCUGCGGAUGCAUAGUUCUGGACUUCGACGUCGCUAUCGUUGAGACCGCCACGUCACGACACUUUCGAAGAACCUCACAGUUUGGCACAGUUAACGAAUUUUUACACCCAAUCACGAUCCGCCACGUGGAUGGCUACUAUCCUCAGUCCUCACUUCCUCGUUAUAUAAAUAGCCCAUCCUCUUCGUUCGGCUCCAUUGUGCUCUUUAGAUAAAUUUUUCCCAUGCAUUUCUAUUUCCUCUGAGUUUCUCUUUAAAAAUGUCUCUCAUUUACCAUAAUGCCAUCGUCUGCUUCACUGUGUUUUGGCUGUGGCUUGUGGCUGAGGGGGCUCUGGUUCAGCAACAACCCUUGGUGCUCAAGUACCACAACGGCGAGCUUCUGAAGGGGAGGAUCACCGUUAAUUUGGUCUGGUACGGUUCGUUUACUCCCAUCCAACGGUCCAUCAUCGUGGACUUUAUCGAAUCCUUAAACUCCCCGAAGGCGCCGCUUCCCUCGGCGGCCACGUGGUGGGGCACCACCGGGAAGUACAAGGGCGGAUCCUCUGCGCUCGUCGUAGGGAAGCAGUAUCUUCACGAGACCUAUUCUCUCGGGAAGUUCCUCAGGUCCAGACACUUGCAAGCGUUGGCGUCCAAGUUCCAUGACCUCGACUCCAUCACCGUCGUCCUCACCGCCAAGGACGUUUCCGUCGACGGGUUCUGCGUCAGCCGGUGUGGCACUCACAGGGCGAUCCCGCCCGUGGGAGUUGCAGGGUCAACAAAGAAGCGAGGUCGGCAACUUGCCAUAGCCAUUUCAGCUGGAGUUGGUGGGCUUGCUCUAAUCUUGAUCUUGAUUAUUUAUAUUUGCAAGAAGCAUUUCAGAAUAGAAAAUGGGAAAAUCUUCAAAAAGAGCAGAGCAUAUCAUGAUAACAAUCUUCGAUCCUUCAUAAAUAAUUAUAGCUCUUUGGCACCAAGGAAAUACAGUUAUUCAGAGGUGAAAAGAAUGACUAGAUCAUUUUCAAACAAAUUAGGUGAGGGAGGUUAUGGCGUCGUGUACAAAGCAAGCCUCCCUGAUGGCCGUCUUGUGGCAGUAAAAGUAGUAAGGGAAUCUAAAGGAAAUGGAGAAGAAUUUAUAAAUGAAGUUGCAAGGAUCAGCAGAACCUCCCAUGUCAACAUAGUCACUCUCCUGGGAUUUUGUUGUGAAAGGAACAAAAGAGUACUAAUCUAUGAAUACAUGUCAAAUGGUUCCUUAGAUAAUUUCAUCUAUAAAAGAGGAUCUCCAAAUGCUUUUUGUAUUUUGGAGUGGAAUGUGUUGUACCAAGUUGCUAUUGGCAUUGCUCGUGGUCUUGAGUACUUGCAUCGAGGUUGUAACACUAGGAUUUUGCACCUUGAUAUCAAACCCCAAAACAUUCUUUUGGAUGAAACAUUUUGCCCAAAAAUAUCCGAUUUUGGAUUAGCUAAGAUUUGUAAGGAGAGUAUUGUAUCAAUCUUGGGCACUAGAGGAACAGUAGGGUUCAUUGCACCAGAAAUAUUCAAUAGAGCAUUUGGUGGAGUUUCUCAUAAAGCUGAUGUUUAUAGUUAUGGUAUGUUAGUCCUUGAAAUGGUUGGAGGAAGGAAGAAUUAUGACAGCAGAGGAUCACAUACUGAAGAAAUGUAUUUUCCAGAUUGGAUUUAUAAGGAUCUUGAACGCGGUCAUCAUCCAGCUAGUUCUAUAGUAAUCACAAUGGAAGACGAUGAGGUGGUAAGGAAGAUGACUUUAGUGAGUCUAUGGUGCAUUCAAACAAAUCCAUUGGAUAGACCAGCUAUGAGUAAAGUGGUAGAAAUGUUAGAAGGACCCCUGCAAUCUUUAUCAAUUCCUCCCAAACCAUCCCUUGAAUCUCCUACAAAAUCACCUGUCGGAUUGUCAAAUGGAUCUUCCGAAGAAAUUAUCCAGACAAAUUCAUUACGCAGUUAACUGAUAUACUCUACCUGCUGC